AAAAAAAGCUUUCGGAUUAUAUUUAUAUAGCAAAAGAAACUUCUUAUCGUUUAUAUAUAACGAUAAGAGCUUUCGGCCUCGUAGGGUGUAACUAGCACUGGCAUUGUAUCAACAAAUGAAGCGAAGAAUUUUAGAAAUUUUCUUAAAAUUAAGGAAUACGCAUUUUCUGACCCUGUAUGCACCGUGGAGUCAAGUAUAUCCAAGACAAAUAUUCACAUUAAAGUUUAGAAAGUACUUAGGCCUGCACGAAUAUUAUCUUUGCGCACUUUGUAAUGUUCCUUAUAACCACAAGGUAGAACGCUAGCUUGUUUCCAACAGAGAUCGCAUGCAAAGUCCAAGAACACUAUUAGUAUCGCUCACUUUCUGCCGCUGUAGUGUGGACCAGUAUAUAAAAGUCAGCAGAGCUGUAUGGGUGUCCAAGCGUUAAAAUUUUAGAGCAGUGCGGUCGUAGCCAGAGUGGGUGUAGAUUCGGCAAAGACAUACCACUUAACGAUUGGGCACUCACUAAACUGCGCCACGUGAAGGUUGGCACUAUGUGAAAAUUAUAUGGAUUCGUCAACAGUCAUUCUACAUCUAUAUGUCGAUCCAUGGCCUUAUUGAGUGAUUUGUCAUUUUCUUACUUGUUUAGCUCAGAUAUUUAUGCAACUUUCUAAAUAAUUCGCACAAACAGGUGUCAAAGUAUUUAAUUAAUCUAUUGUAAGCAUUUCGUUAAUUACACUCCAGAAAAGUUACGUAAUUUUAUUUAUAAAAAACGAAUAUAUGAAAAUAUUGCUCUACUAUCUGUUCAGUGCAUUGUUUCGCCUUUCGCGAGUCGUAAGAAAAUGAAAUAUUUUUUUAUUUUCUAUCUAACGCUUACUUGCCUGGUUGCAAACUCUUUGGCAAGGCCAGAAGGAGACGAGAGACCUUCGGUUAUUCCUACUGACGAAAAGCAAACACAAGGAGCAAGUGAUGAAACGUCAGAUGAGAACGAUGGAAAUACCAAUGCACAAGGAGAUAGCAAUUGUAGACUUCUGGCUUUCUUCCAACACAUAAAACAGUUUCUGGAUAGCUUGAAUCCGUUUAAAAAGCUAUUUGGAUCUGGUGCUUCCGUUCCACAACUUCCUAAUUUGUCUACAACGCCUAGUCUUCCUGACAUGCCGAUAAAGCCAGAGGCAAUACUUCAAAAUCCUUCUGUACCUUCUUUGCCUAAUAUUCCCAAACCGUCACUAAGCUUAUCUUAAUAUUUGAAACUUUCCCCUCCAUAGAAAGACUAGAAAAUAGAAAUUUCCU